AUGGACGGUAACGGAGGGGGCAACAGAGCCGAAGCUGAGCGAUGGCUUUACACCGCCAACAAACUACUCAGCGCGCGUGACUUGCACGGGGCUCGCUCAUUCGCGAUCCGGGCCCGAGAGUCCGACCCCACAUUCGACCCGACCGAUCUACUCCUCACCGUCAUCGACACACUCAUCGCCGGCGAGCCUCCGAUCAACGGCCACCUCGACUAUUACGCCAUCCUUCAAAUCCUCCGUUACACUCCCAACAUCGAGUUCAUCGCCGCUCAGUACCGCCGCCUCACCAUCCUCCUCGACCCUCACCACAACCCCUUCGCCUUCGCCUCUCAUGCCUUCACCCUCGUUCACGACGCUUGGUCUGUUCUUUCCAACCCCACCAAGAAAGCCAUAUACGACAACGAACUUAGGUUGCUAACUCAACCACCACCACCUCCUCCCCCUCCUCCUCCUCCGCCGCCUCCGCCUCCGCCUGCUCCUCCGGCUCCGACUGCUUUUUUUCCGAUUCCGCCGCUGAACGCUAACCUCACUCCGAACCUCAACCAACAGCCUCAGAGGAUAAGCCCUAGUGCAGUGACGGAGGAAGAGAAGACGAGUCGCGAUGACAAUGUGAGCGAGUUCCCUCGCCCGAGUGAGACCGAGGGGGCGAGUUUCUGGACCGCGUGUCCCUACUGUUAUGUUAUGUAUGAGUAUCCCAAGGUUUAUGAGGAGUGUACUCUACGGUGCCAGAGUUGCCGGAGAGGGUUUCAUGCGGUGGUGGUGCGGUCACCGCCGGGGUUGACUUCGAAAGACCAUUCAUAUUGCAGUUGGGGGUUUUUUCCUUUAGGGUUUUCUGGAAAUUUUAAGGAUAUUAGUGGCUCUGCUUCCGAAUGGAACCCUUUUUCUCCUUUGUUUCCUUGUCCUGCGACGGGUGGUUCCAAUAGGAGGUAUCGGAAGGGGCCUUGGGUUUUUUAUGAUGACGACGCCACGGCUGCUUUUGUGGAGCUUUCCGACGCGACGGAGGAUGAUUCCGAUGAUGAGGAUUGGCGGUACGUGAAUGAAAAUAAGAAGGGGAAGAAGAAGCGGAGGCGGAGGAAGAGGAAAAGUUCUGCUGCUGCUAAGGCCGGUGACGGUGGGAGUGAUGUUAGAAGUGCACUAUUUGAGAGACCUAGAAGGGGGAUUCAUAAUAGUGCUGGCAAUGGCACAGUGGGUAAUGGCGAGGCUGUGGAUGGAGCCUCUUCGGUGCCCAUUGGGCCGAAGCAGGAAUCUAGCAAGAAAGCUGUGUUGGGGGUUUCCAGGAGGAGGGGUGAGAGGAACUUGGGGAAGUUGGAUUUGAAUGUUGAGUUUAGCAAUGAGGUGGAAGAGCCUGUUCCUGGUUUGAGUGGAGAGAAUGGGACUGGAAAUGCCGAGGAUAAUAUUGAAGGGAUUGGGUUUUUUGAGGGGCUUGAUGAAUUUCUCAGUAGCUUGCCUAUUCUUAAUGUUGUUGCAGAUGAUAAGGUUAAGGGUCAUUAGUCUUUGUAGGUAGGCCCCUGCUUUUUGUUGUGAUAGAUGUUAAUUGUAUUGUAUGUGGAUCGGA